AUGGAUUCGAAAUUGUGUCCGAGACAUACAACCCGUUUCAAGAGAUCUUCUCAUCGUGAUUCCAAGACGACGAGCACGAGUCUGGCGUUGAGAGAAGAUACCAUGUUUAAGAAAGCUUACGAGCUUUCGACUCUGUGCGACAUCGAAGUCUGCGUACUCUAUUACGGGCGUGACGGAGAACUCAUCAAGACAUGUCCCGAGGACAAGGCGAAAGUGAGAGACAUGGCCGAGAGGUUUAGCCAAUUAAGCCACAUAGAGAAACGCAAGAAAAGCUCCAACCUUUCCGAAUUUCUAUCCAAGAAGAUGAGUAAAGAUAAGAAGGAUGAUUUCAACAAAUUCACACAGAAACUCUUGGAGAUGGAACAUUCGUUGGAACGACGUUUACCAAUACUACAAGAUCGUCUUGGGCUUCUUUUUCUGAUUCUGGUGGUGUUCCUCCUAAACCAUUGA